AUGAUGCAAAAACAGAAACACAAGACCAAAGCCUCUGUCUGGAGCGAUUGGUCUGAUUGGGAGUGGAACGGUGCUUUUCAAGCCUUUGGAAGAAUACGUAGAGAUGCGGAUGGUAACGUCGAAUACGAAUGGGAGCAACCAAAACGAGCCGGUAACAUGGAACAACAAACACCACGAGAGGCAACGAUCGAGGGCAUCACCGAAGGUAUUGCCAAUCUACCUGCCGCCCAUACCGAGACACAAUACGAUGAAUACGCGUAUAUUAUGGCUGCUUCCAAAGCUAAACAGCGCGCUCACGGCGAUCCUCGUCGGGGUGGUCACCCUAGCGGCAGCUCCCACGGAUCGGGCUCUAGAAGCGAAGCGCAAACAAAAACCCCCAAUAUUCAAUAUGACGAGCAAGCACAGUACUAUCAAAUGACGGAAGGCGCCGAACCGUUUCCCGAAGAUGCGUCGUCAUACUACGGGACACAAAUACAAGGAGUUGCAUAUUCACACGUGCCGGGCGCGCAGAGCUACUUUGAACUAUCUCAGACUAAGGCAGCCAACCACUUGGGACAAACCACCCCACAACGACCGAGACUUUAUACGCGGUCGUCCUUAAGUACUCAGAGCUCUUCUACAGGAGCCCUUUACCAGGGUACAGGCGGCGAGGUGAUGGAAUCUGGCUCAGCCGCGUUGGUUGGCGGUUCUACCAUCUUCGAAGGAGAGCAAGAAUCACGUUGUGCUCCAAUUGGUACCAUGGGGCGACCUGUAGCGAAUAUGCCAGCAGUUGCCGAUGAUGGCACUCUUGAGCUUGAUCCAAGAUACAAAGUCGAACAUUCAAGCAAAUUUGAGCCAGGAGAGGUAUUCAAAGUGCACUGGUCUGAGCCACAGGGAACAGGAGGCGAAGGUCUUGGUGGAGGUGGACCAUCAAACAGUAACGAUAUCCAAAAUAAGUUUGGAAGCAAGUUUUUCGUUGGCUUCCGACGGUUCAUCGUUGUUGCAAAUGACCACGGUCACUGUACUUGCGUCCCUAUCCUAACAUAUGGCGGAAAGGCGUGUAAGAAAAAGGGCGUGAAACCUGAAAAGCAUGGCAUUAUCAUUGAGCAAGGUCAAAAGCCUCGACGCCUCGACGGCGAGCCAGCACUUGGUUUCGGGCCAGUACGUAUGAUUAUGCGACAAGAUAGUGAAAAGCUAUCCAAGGAGUCGCGUGUCAACUACUCAAAGCUCGUAACGAUUGAGCACAACAUCAAAGUCUUUUUCAUUGGAUCUGUUCUCGCAAGCGAUUACCAUUUGGUGGGAGAAGCAGUGAACCAGUGUUGGAGCAAGAAGAUUCUCUCCAAGCCAAGACCGAAAUAG